UCCUAAUUUUCGAGUCAGUUGCACAUCGUCUUCAACACUUUCAACAUGAACAACUUAUGUGAAAAAUUUUUAACCAAAUCUUUUAAAAUCGUAUCACCGGGAGUCGUACAAGUUACGCGCAACUAUACAUUUAAACGUCCAAAGAUAAUUCAAAAAAUACGUGGUCACUUAAAAUUAAAAAGUAGUAUGAAGGAAAUAUAUUAUAUCAUGAAAUAUAUAACUUCGAUUGAUAAUUUAGCAGAAUCAGUUGAAGAUUUUGAGGGUGAUUUAAAAAUAUUCAAAGACGAUCUCGAUGAAGAUCACAUAAAUGAAAUACUUUCAAAAGAUAAUGCAGUAAAAAAAAUUUUAUAUGGUUUUUUAAAAAGAUGUACCAAUGCUAUCAAUAAUCGGAGCUUUAUUAAAAAAAUGUUACGUGAGCGACAAUUACGUAUUCAGCAAAAAAAAGCAAAGAUCAUAAGAAGAAAAAUGAUUAGAAGGAUGGUUGUUCAGGAGCGUUGGCGUAUCCAACGUCUCAAAAACCUUGAGGAAUGGAAAAAAGAAAAAGAACGUGAACGAUCAGAUUCUACGUCAUCGAGUGAUAAUUGGAUAUCGAACCCGAAGAAAUGUCAUUCAUCCGAGGGAACGGGAGUUUCUUCACGGGAGGGAUUCAUCGGUGUACCAGAAAGCAGUGACUCUGACGUCACGGAUUUUGAGGAGCCCCAAUGCAUCGAGGUUGGACAGUGUUACGUUUGUGGGAAAGACAUAAACGUAAACAAACAAGGCUGUGACGCUUGUCGGAACGAAAAAAUAUGGACCUAAGCGUAAUCACUACGAGAAUAUUACAUAUCCUCUGGGGUAUAAAAGACAACGUG